AAAUUGUUGCGCGUCUAUGACCUAGAGGGUGGGUGGGAACUUGAGUUAAUUGGGUGCAUAGAUUCCAAAUUGGAUAUUAAUUUAAUGCCAGGAUUCACCGGUGGCCCCGGCAUCCUGAAGUCGCAAAUGUUCCAUUGUGUUGCAACUUUUUACUAGGUAAUAGAAUGUACCUACAUGAUAAACGGGACCAGACACAUGUGAAAUGACUUCGGAUUCUGGCAAGAAUUCUUAUCAAAAAUUUCACACAUAUUUUAACUUUAGUAUUGGACGUAUUUUGAAAAACUUUUAUACAUACAGACAGCAAACUUGGGGGACAGUCGGUGCCUGAAAACUGCAUUGAGAUGGGACCAGUAGGGAAGUGUCAUCGUGACAAUUCAUUGAUCAGAGUUCCUGGAUAUUGCUAGAUAUAAUCGAAAAGUGGAUACACUCUGCUAAAACGUUUUACUUUUGAAUCUCAACUGAACUAUGUCUAAACCUGACGAACGGGACAAAUGGACAAGAUUCUCAGAAGAACAUGAGCAAAUUCGAUUUGAUGAUGUUAGGCGGACGGUUCUACCCAAGACAGCUAUCGAUACAGGGAAAGCCCCUUAUCAAGGGACUAGAACAAUCAUUAAAAGACCAAAAUGGAUUACUCGGAGUAUUGCUGAAGAGCUUGGUCGAGAAUAUAUAUUGCUUGCCACUUGCUACGAAAUUUUGAUCUAUUUCGCCUUUGUGGUUUGUGUUUGUAUAUCUGUCAUGGGCCCACAUAGUACAUAUAAUUUCUACCUAACAAAAGGUUUACAUGCCCAGUUUGUGGACAAGGCUUUUAAUACGAUGAAUGGGAUGGAAAUUACGUUCUCUGAUAUACACAGUGCAGGAGAUUUUUGGAUGUAUCUGGAGAACCAUUUUGUUCCAAGCAUAUUUUGGGGGUAUACGUACGAUCCUAAGAAUGUAGAAGAUGAAAACACAAUGAACAUUAUGUUCGAGAACAUGAUAUUAGGAGUACCGCGAAUUAGACAGGUGAAGGCUCGAAAUGAUUCCUGCGAGGUCCAUGAUUAUUUCCUUCGUUACUUUAGAAGCUGUUUUGAUACCUACUAUUCGUACGAGGCGGACCGAGAGGACUUUGGACCUGGAGAACCAACUGCAUGGACUUACAGCUCUGAAAAAGACACGAAAAGCCUACCGUAUUGGGGUCAAAUCUCCACAUAUGGCGGAGAUGGCUUUUAUGUUGAUCUUGUGAGGAAUCGUACCGGUACUAAACAAAUUAUUGAAGAUUUAAAGUGGAAUAUGUGGAUAGAAAGAGGCACAAGGGCAGUCUUUAUAGAUUUCACCGUGUACAAUGGUAAUAAGAAUCUCUUUGCAGUGUGCAAAUUGGUAUUCGAGUUCCCUGCGGUAGGUGGCGUAAUUACGAAGGCAGAAAUACACACCAUGAAACUAUUGAGAUUUUCAAGAAACUGGGAUAUGCUGCUUCUUGCACUGGAGCUGGUCUCUUAUAUCUUCGUAGCAUACUAUUUGUUGCAAGCAAUCAGAGAAAUGGUCCAUUUUAAAUGGAACUAUAUGUUAAAGUUUUGGAAUUACGUGGAUCUUACCAUUAUCUCUCUUAGCAUCGCUGCAGGAGUAUUCUCCUUCAUGGAAUAUAUUCAUGCACCACCGACUAUGAAGACAAUAGUAAACAAUCCAGAUGUCUAUGGUAACGUAGAAUAUUUGGCAUCAAUAUAUACUUCUAAAAGGGAAUUGGUUGCCGUAAUGCUGUUUUUGGUAAUAAUGAAAGUAUUCAAAUAUCUUAAUUUCAACAGAACGAUGGGGCAGCUGAACAGUACCCUCCGACAGUGCGCGAAGGACAUAGUAGGAUUUUCUUUGAUGUUUUUCAUCGUUUUCUUUGCCUUCUCCGAACUGGGAUACCUGCUUUUUGGGAGUGAAGUGGAAAAUUUUAGCAGUUUUGGCCUAGCUAUGUUCACCUUAUUGAGAACUAUCCUCGGAGACUUCAACUACGACGAACUUGAGAGAGCAGAUAGAGUUCUGGCUCCUAUAUACUUCUUGUCCUACAUUUUUUUGGUGUUCUUUGUGCUAUUGAACAUGUUCCUGGCUAUAAUAAACGACACGUAUAACGAUGUGAAAACGGAAAUAUCAAUCGCUCCGGAUGAGUUGCAGAUGACAGAGUAUCUGAGAGAUAAGUUGCACAAGGUUCUUCAAAAAGUAGGUGUCAUGAAGGAUGUCAGUAAAAAGCAUAAAAAGAGUCCAAUCAACGCUACUAUAAGGCAGGUCAGAGAGGUGUUGACAAAUUUUUCAGGUGUGGCUUCAACAGCCUUGAGAUCGAAAUGUUUUUUGCCAGAUAUGGCAUCAAUCAAAUGGCUGAAGCCAGAGUGAGUGAUGUUGAAGAUUUGAUACGCGACCUGGAGAUGAGCUUAGCUACUGAUGACCAAAAAGGAGGCCGGUCCAUCUCAUCGGAAAUUUUACGCGAGUAAGUUUCAUAUUUUAGGGCUGUGAGUCUGUGAGCGUGGUUGUACGUUUGAUGUUUCUUUAUUCCAAGGACGUCUCGUUUACUUUGGCAGUCCUGGUAAUUGGAAGUUGGAAGUAACAGAUACAUUCCUAAGAGAGUCUUACUAAACUAAAUUGUUCCACCUUAAAUUAGAACCACCGCCAAAACAAUUUGCUUUAUGCAACUCGGCCAUUAACAUGAUAAUUGUUUUAUAAAAUUCUCUGCAGUCUGUACUGGACAUAGUUUUAGUACUAUAUAAAUUAAAAUAUGAAAACAUCCGUGGGUGGAAAGCUAAUUAUUUGCCCUUCAGUUAUGAAAUAGUCCAAAAUCGAAUUCUGAGUGUUGUUCUUUCCGAGAUGUCUUGAACACAGAAUCGGAAAGUAUACAAGUAUUAUAUACUUGUGCUGAAUAUAAACAGUCAACAAAUAUUAGGCAGUUCUGCGCGUUACUGAUUUAUAGCAUCCUCUGUUUGAAUUAUGAAUUAUGUAUUCUCAAUAUUUUUAUUGAAAGACAAC